GGAUCUCGGAUCUGGCGGGAGGAUGGGUGGAUCACGUGAUGGAGUCCCCUGAUCCCAGUCGCCAUGCACCACAACAACCUCGAGCUUCAUUUUCCCCCACGAACCAUGACAUGAACCCGCGCGCCAUAACAAUACUAACCUCAGAACACUGUCUCACCGAUUCUGUACCUCUUCAACAACAAUCCAUAACCUCAUCACCUACACACCCGCUGCAGCGCACAUCCACAUCCCGGUCCUGCACGACGCAGGUCAAACAGCAGCGUGUGUCUGAGCCCACACAUAAAACUCACCACCACCACGCACCGAGUCGCUCAUGCCGCGAACCUCCUACUCGCCCUCACACCCCUCAUCACCGCGACGCGUAAUGCCCGCAACACCAUGACCGCGACCGAAGACUCAUCGCCCCCGCCCGCCGAAGCGCGCAUCACCCUCUCGCGCAAGGGCUCGCGCAAGGGCUCGCGCAAGAAGAACGUAGAGGGGUUCACUAUGGCCACCAACGACGACGAGAACGUGGCGCCUGCCAAACCGACUAGCUUCGCCGACUCAAGUAUGGACGAGCACCAGCAGGCUUUCGACGAUAACACUACCACCAACAAUAACAAAACCGCCAAACGCUUCCCCUCGCUAGGCAACCUCCCCGCCCUGCCGCCGGGGGAGAGCAGCAUGAUGUCCGAGGACCUAAGCCGCGAGGAGCACAGCGACGGCUACCCCGAUACCAUGGACGAGAGCGAGAUGCGCCGGCACCUAAACGACGUGGAGAGCAGCUUCCUCCCCGGGCCGAGCCCCAUAGGCCAGUCCGCCAACCCGGGCGCCGACGAUACGUAUUUAUUCGACGGGGCGCGCGAGCCGGUCGCACUUGCGGACCGAAUACCGGGGAUCAGGACGCCGACGAAGGGUGCGGCGCGGGACGAGGGGAGGCAGAAGUCGUUUACGCCAAUGUCAGAGAGGGAGACGCCGCAUGUGCAGGGGUCGAUGUUGGGGGAUUCGCUGGUGGAUAAUGGGAAUACGACGUCGUCGCUGGAGACUAUGUCGUCGCCGACUGCUGCGGCGGCGGCGAGGACGGUGUCGAGAGCGAUUUCGAUGGUGAGUAUGGGAUAUGAUAUUGAAGGACAUGUUACGUCGGAUGCUCCGAGCCCGCCGCAGAGUGAGAACGGAAAUGGGGAAGGACUGAGUCGGCAGGGCACGCCGAGGAUAUUUGAGCCGGAAUCUUUGCAGGGGACUAAGGGGGACUCGUCGGAUGAGCGGUCUACGAUACGGCAUCAGACAUCGAAUCAGAGUCUUAAUGCUGCGGACGCUGGGAGUACCCCUGGCGCGGCGCUGGUUAAUAGGCGCAGGUCAGGGAGACGGCCGAAGUUCCUAAGGAGUCGAAAUGCGAGCCAGAGAUCGUCUGUAUCGUCGUCUGUCGCGAAUACUGAUGCAGAGGAGAAUAGUGAUAUGACCUACGGGACGGACUACGCUAUGUUGUCUGGUGGCGCUGUGCCAGCGUAUGGCGCGUCUCGACACAGCAGCUACAUGCUAUCGCGAAGUAUCAGUCUAGGCAGCAUGGCAUCUGGCAUCGAUGAUUCGGCCGAAUUGAAGCCCGUUCUCGGGACAUUGGAGGAAGAGGAGAGGAACCGGUCGCGAGCGGAUAGUAGUCAAACCGCCGACGACUACGCAAAUGCGCCAGCGACACCGCGCGCGACGAGCCACUCGCUGGCUGCGCCCACAGACACGGUCAUCGCGAGGCAUGUUCGUAACGUGCAUGUUCCGGAAUCCGUCGCCAAAGAAUACAGGAAUAAAUCGGGUGUCUCACCGGGUAAGCUUCCAGGGCCUAGCACGGAACGUCAUGGAAAGAAUAUGACGCUCAAGGAGCAGAGUAGCACUAUUGAGCGGCUCUCGAAGGAGAACUUUGAUUUGAAGCUGAAGGUCAUGUUCCUCAGUGAUAGGCUGGACAAGUUAUCUGAAGAAGGCGUUAAGGAGAUGAUUUCUGAGAAUGUCGAGAUGAAAACGGUCCUCGCGAAUAUGCAGAGAGAUAACAAGGCAUUACGGCGCAAAGUCAAAGAGCUCGAGAAGAGUAAAGACGGCUCGCCGCGACCAGGAACUGCUCGCUCCGGCGCAUCAUCCGAAAGCCAACCCCAGUGGUUCGACCAAGAAGGUGCACAAGAGCGCGAACAGGAACUAAUCUACCUGCGAGAACGGAUGGAGGAAUACGAAGUCGAAAUCGAGAAGAUGCGUACCGAGAGCCUCUCCCGCGAGUCCGAGAAGCGCAAGCUCGCCGAGACCGUGCGGUCCAUGGGCGAGAAGCGAGGCGAGGACAUGGAUGCAAGGGAGGAGAUGGACGUGUGGAAAGACCUUCUCGAGCAGGAGACCGCGCGGCGCGAGGAAGCCGACGAGGAUAACCGCAAGCUCCGCGACGAGAUCUUCAGACUCAGGAGCGAGAGUGUGGUUUCGGGUGGAGGAGCGGGGUUGAAUCACACUACUAAUAUCUACCAUAUCACCAAGAAGCGACAGGGGUCUCCGACGCGACCGCGCUCGGGGAUGUCGGAGCGAGUCGAUGACCGUGGUGGCGCGUUCAGCGCAGCUAGCACCCUUGUCGAUGAUCUCCGUCGCGAGAGCGACCUGCUGCGUCACGAGAACGCCGAGCUCCGUCGGGAAGUCGGCGCGCAGACCUCAAUGCUGACGUCUCGGAACCGCGAGAAGGAGCGUCUAUACCAGGAGAUUGAGGACCUCAAGCUCGGCCACCGCAGAGGCGGCUCGAUCGCCGGCGACAGCAUCCUCGACCGCUCUGCUUCGCGCACUCGGGAGAGACCGCAGUCGCGCGGUAGCGAGCUGACGCGCGUCACUGCCAUAAUUCCAGAUGCGGAGCGCGAGGACCUGGAGAACAAGAAUGCGGAGCUGCGGGAUAAGUUGAACGGUCUGCAACUCGACAACCAGGAGCUGCACAAGGAGCUGGACAGCUGCAUGGAGGAUUUCGAGACGGCGAUUGAAUCGAAGCGCGAGGCUGAGGCGCUGGCGGCGGAGCUACAGCACGAGUUGCAAGUCGCCGAGAGCGACCUGCAGACCAUGCAGGCUGAUCGCGAUGAGGCGCUCAAGGGACAGGAGGAGGUAGAGAUUGAGUUUGAGAAUCUGCGCAAGGAAGCGCAAGAGGAGAUCGAUGCGCUCGAAGCCGACGCGGAAAAGCGGGCUGUGGAGAUGGAGGGGCUGCAGGUUGAGCUGGCGAACCAGGCGGAGAACUUCAAUGCGCUGCAGGCAGAGAUGCGUGGGAUGAGCGAGGCGCUGGUGCGGCUGGAGGAUGAUCACGAUCUUAAGACCCGGCGGAUCCAGGAGCUGGAGCGGGAGCUGGAGGAUGCGAAUCGCGAGCUGAAUGGGAUGGAGAAGGCGAUUGUUGAGGCGAAUAACAAGAUUAACCGCCUGACGGUGCAGCAGGAGUCGAGCCAGGGGGAGAUUGCGUUCCUAAGGGAGGAGCAGGAUGGGGAUAAGAUCAAGAUUGGGGAUCUGGAGUCGGCGCUGAAGAAUGCGGAGGGGGCGGUGAGGGAUGAGAGGGAGAGGGUUAGGGAGCUGGAGCAACGCUUGGCGAGUGAGAGGCAUCAGAGGGAGGUGGUGGCGGGGAAGGAGAAGCAGGAGGUGCAGAGGUAUAUUAAUGAGCUUAAUCGCGAGGCGUCGAAUGCUAAGGAUGACGCAAGACGCCUGCGUAAGAACUUAUCUAGUCGCGAGGUCGAGGCUACGGAGUGGAAGGAGAGGUUACUCGAGCUGGAGAACAACCUCCGCGAAACCCUCGGUGACCUCAACGGCACGCGCUCCACCUUCCUCAAAGGCAUCGGCGACCUCCAGAAACAACUCGACAACACUACCCGCGAGCUCGACACUACAAAGACGUCGAUCCUGGAGAAAGACCGAAUCAUCCGCGAGCGGGACACACUUCUGGAGUCCCACGGCCUCGAAUACGGGAUAUUGGCUGAGAUGCUAGAUAAAGAGCGGCAAGCGCACCGGAACUCGAAACACCAGCACGAGACGUUCUUGAAGACGCAUAACCAUACCACCCGCACCGUCGGGCAACAGGAGACGCGCGUGGCGCAGCUGGAGGCGGCGUUGCAGGCGGAUAGGAAGAAAUUGAGCCAUUUGGAGAAUACAUUCAAGGACCAGCUUAACGAAAGGAAUAACUUGUUGUUGACGAUGUGGAAUCGGUUGUCGACGAUCUGUGGCUCGGAUUGGGCGCAUGGGAAUAGUCUUAUCAAUGGCCGCGCCUUACCGUCCCUCGAAGCCGUAUCGACUAUGCUACCUGGCUUUGCUAAAAACCUCCUUGCUUCUACGAAAAAGAUUGAGGCACUUAUUGCGGGCUUCAAGACGAGGGUAAGGACUAUUGAGCGGGAUUUGGCGAGGGACUUCUCGUCACUGGAAAAUACCCUCGAAGCACGGACGAAGAAACUGGAUCGCCUAGAAGGCCUCGUCAGGUCAGCGAGCAUGAAUUCCUCUACCGAUCAGAGGGCGGAGAUCGUGAGGCUCCAGGAUAUGAAUCGUCUCCUCCGCGUUGAUAUCCAAGCGCUUAGAUCCGCGACUCCGAGAAAGGGGGUCUACGAGGUCAUUGAACCGGGCAGUCCGGCGCCGAGUAUACCGACGGGACCGAGGACGAAGGCGUUAACCCGCCACCAAGCUACCGCUGCUGCUAAUUAUGCGAACGCUGCGGCGGCGGAGGUGCCUGAGCGCGCGGGUAGUUCAGCUGGCUCUACCAGAGGCAGUGGAUCUAGAGCGGGGGCACCAGAAGGGGGGGAGGACUUGGAGUGGUGGGUAUUUCGCCUAAAGGAGCUGGAAAGAAGGUUGAAGGCCGAACGCGAGGCGAGGUUAUUGGAUCGCAGCGAGGCGAGGAAGAGGUUGGAGGAGGCGGAGAGACGGAAUGAGGAGUUGAAAGCGGAGGUGGAGAGGGGGAGGGUUAGGAUGCUUGCUGAGGCGGGGGUAGGGGGUGGGGAGUAA